AUGCUUGACAGUCAGUCAGAUUCUGUACCUCCUGAAAGUAUCCCUACAAUCAAGCAUAAAACGUCAGAUGUACUGAAAGAAGGUCAAGCCAACAAACCAAAGGCUGGUGUCAAGCAUGGCCCUGGACAACCCUGUAAAGUUGCUACAGACUCAGCAAAUAUACAGCCUACAGUAAACAACAUUACUCCUAGUAUUCAGUCUGUUGAGAUUGUCAAUGAAGUUGUUGAUCUACCUGAUGAUAGUGUUGAUCUCUAUGCUGAAGAACUAGAAGAUGAUAGAGAAGAGUUUGACUUGGAUGAAGUCUUGGAUGAUGAAGAGUUUGACAUUACUAACUGUAUCAUCAGCUACUCAGACUCAAAGACUGAGUUGGUCUUCUCAAGACACAAAGAUUGUUAUUCAGGUCUCUGA